UUAUUUUUAUUUUAUUAUCACUUUAUGGUGUUGCAAUUUAAAAUGACAUUAUUUAUUCGGAAGAAUUUUGGUGUUUGGGAACCGAUUCUCCCCUCUAUCUUCGCUCUGCUCCAGAUCUGAUCCCAGAACAACACUCCAGAGAUCAUGGGUCGUGGUGUGAGCAGCGGUGGGGGGCAGAGUUCACUGGACUACCUUUUUGGAAGUGGAGGUGAGCCAAAGCCCACUGCAGUGUCCACAGGCAACACUGAGUCUCCUCCAACCCAGGUCCAUGUUGCCGCCACUGAGCCACCUCCGCCUCCUAAAACUGCCGCCCCAAUAACACCACCAGAUAUUACAAAACAGAUUCCAGCUGGCAUCCAAAGUAGCAAGCUUAACAACUACAUCCGAGCUGAUGGACAGAAUACUGGCAACUUCAUCACGGAUCGCCCUUCGACCAAGGUUCAUGCUGCUCCAGGUGGAGGGUCUUCCUUGGGAUACCUGUUUGGUGAUGGUAAGAAGUGAUAUUUUUUGUUGUUGUAAAAUAUGAGAAUCAAGUAUUUGUUUGCUAUCUGUUUGGAUUUUGGGUGUGGUUUAAAAAAAACGUGGCAGAUUUCGACUUUUUAAGAAUUGUAAUAUAUGGCUAUCGGUUUUUCAUAAUGUUUCAAAAAUGGCAAUGAACAUAUCUAUUCAAUAAUAGUCACAUUUUCUUUUUCA